GCGGAUCGCGUGAAUUUGAGCGUGGGACUUACACGUAUAUAGCGCUUCUAGCUGGGACGACUUCGCGAGGAGAAUCUCCGUGCAGGGCAAGACCAUGCAGAGGGCCGCCGCAAUGCUGGCACAGGCGGUGUCCAGGAAGAGGAUGACGACGACGAAGCAGAACAGACUGUCGUACGGGGAGGUAGAGCUGCGCACAUCGACAGCGAUGACUCAAUGCUAAGUGCAGGCCCAUCGGAAGUCCUUUCACGCAGCUCAAGCCCUGCAAUGCGAGCUCCAGCAGCCAAGAAAACUACGACUUCUAGAGCGCCGACCAGGACUACCGUGCGCGCGUCGCCAGCAGUUCGAUCGCGCACAAAGAAGGCUGUGUUUAGAGGGGGUGAUGAUGAGGAUGAAGACGAUGAUGACUUGAUCAUCGAUGAGGACAGGUCGGCUCCCGCUCCCAGCUCACGAGCUGCUGCUCUUGCCGCAGCGGGAACAAAGAAGGCACCUGCUAGGAAGACGCCUGCAGCGUCAAAGAAAAGUACAACGUCGUCCAAGACGGGCUCGAAAGCCCCUCCCCGACAAAGUCAGCUGACAUUCAGUCAAGCCGGACCCUCGACAGCCAAGAGGACCCCAGCUCGCGCGAGCACUGCUACAAGAGGACGCUACGAUGACGAUGACGACGAGGAGGACAAAGAUGCAGCUUUCAUCAAUGACAGCGAAGACGAUGCUGUUCCUGCUUCAAAGGGCAAACGAGCGUCAACUCGUCGUUAGGAAGAUCAGAGCGAGCUCCAGGCCGCGUGCUUGCACAUCCCGUCAGCCGCUCUUCGCACGCGUCAGCAGAGCACACGAUCUUGCGCUUGGCACAUUUGUGCUUCCUCUCACGCAUCGAUGAUGUGGGGUGUGUACUACUAGCGACGUGUGGUACUAGACGUUUUGGAACGGAGCGGGAGCAGAGGGUGAUUGAGGUUU